AUGGUGGCCCUUUCCCAGCAAGCUCUCUUGGUCCGUGUGGUCUCGUUUUUGAGCCAGGCUGCCGCUUGCCGUGGUGGAGAUGCGGUCCCCAGCCCGCGGUUCCAGCAGUGCCCCCGGGCUGCAUCUCCGCGGUGUCUCGCUGCCAGGCGGCCUGCGUGCCGGCGCGGGCCUGUGGUGCUGCCGGCCGAGCGGCCUGCUCUGCCCGGCGUAGCGGAGUUCCCUCAGGACGCAGCCGUCUUGUUCUCAUGCGAGAAGCUUCAGUAUCCUUUGCAGGGUGAAUUGUUAAAUCCUUGCCGCUGCGAUGGGUCGGUACGGUACACACAUCAGCUUUGCCUGUUAAAGUGGAUAAGUGAAAGAGGGUCAUGGACCUGUGAACUCUGCUGUUACAGAUACCAUGUUAUAGCAAUUAAAAUGAAAAAGCCUUGCCAGUGGCAAAGCAUUACUAUAACACUGGUUGAGAAAGUGCAGAUGGUUGCUGUAAUCCUAGGAUCUCUGUUCUUAGUAGCAAGUGUGACUUGGCUUCUAUGGUCAGCCUUCAGCCCUUAUGCAGUAUGGCAAAGAAAGGACAUCCUUUUUCUAAUUGUUACAUCUUUAUUUGCUGUCAAAAUGGUACCCAGUGACAUUCUGUGCAAACUAAUAAUUCUUUUCUUAAUUUCAGGACUGAUAAUGCACGAAGGGGCAUCUGUUUAUCGAGUGUUUAAGCGUUGGAGGGCUGUCAAUCUACACUGGGAUGUGUUAAAUUAUGAUAAAGCCACAGACAUAGAGGAGAGCAAUCGAGGAGAGUCCUCAGCAGGAUUGCCGCUGACUGCAUUCAGAAACAGAAGCUUAGUUCACCCAACACAGCUGACCUCACCGAGAUUUCAGUGUGGCUACGUAUUGUUACAUCUGUUCAACCGCGUGAGACCUCAGGAAGACGCGUCAGAGGACAACAGCUCUGGGGAAGUGGUGAUGAGAGUAACCUCAGUGUAAAGAGUACGCUCACUGCCCUGCGCAGAUGAGGAUAAUAGGCCCUGGUGUUUAAGGACGUUGGAAUGUAGUUACCAUGAAUGGUGAAACCAUUAACACUUGAAAAAAAGUAUAUACACACAUUUUUUUAAAAAAAAUUAAUGCUUUUUAUAUGAUCAGUUAAAUCACAAAUACAUUUUUCUGAAAAAAAAAUCUCUUGCUUUUUAUAUAGUCUGGUUUAUUAGAUCUUUUUGUCAAUUUGUACCAGAAGUGUUUAUAAUUUAAGUCUUAGGUCUUUGAAUGAUAAAGAAACUCAUUUUUAAGUAAAAAUAUAUUUAAAUGUAUUUUCUUAAACUCCGAUUUUAACCCACUACUGUUAUUUUCCAACUGCCAUGAGGAUUGAAC